CAGUUCUUUAUAGUGACUACGUCAGUAUCUCGUGAACGUAGGAUUAGUUUGUGGAAGUGUACUUUGCUGCAACAUCAUGGCCUGGAAGACUUUGUGGAAAUACAUGUACUGUAUUAUUUUUGCUGCUGCAUACCAAGGCCUGAUGAGAGACUGCACAGCAACAAACAUAACUGCGAAGACAGUUCCAGCGGCUGUCAGUCCUCAAAUCAACGCUGGGAAAAGCUGUCCGGUCAACUGUUUGAGAGGAACCUGUACAUUUCUUGAUGAUGGAAGUAUUGAGUGCACGGAUGGGUGUAACGAUGGGUACAUGGGGAAAAUGUGUCAAGUCCUGUGCAUGAACAAAUGCUCAAAAUGUGAUCGAAAGAAUGACGGCGUCUGUAUCAAGUGUGAUCACGGAUACUUUGGUAAACAAUGCCACAAAUGUCCAAAAGCAUGUGGGGGACAAGGAUGUCUUAGUGAUGGCAGCUGCAAGAAGGACUGUUUAGCCAUCCAUGUCUGUGGGAAUCAAUGUUUGCCCGGAUAUUAG